UACAGCUGUGCUGGGAAGGGGUUAACAUUGGAGUAGGAUCCCACCCUGGCCCCACUCCCUUCCCAUGCAGCAGCCUGGCCCCUCCUGGCUUUUCCUCCUUUCCAGACAUUGUAAAGGGCCUGGGUGCAAGCAAGGGGUAGGGCUCAGCUGGGCUGCAGGGUCUCCAGAUGCUAGGAAACGCAGCAUCCCAGUGCCUGGGGGACAUUGGCACUCUGCCGUGGAGGGUCCCACUCAGCUCCAUGACCAGGUGGCAGCAGCCUGUGUCCAGAAGCAUCCGAUAUCUCCAGGCGGGCAUCAUGGAGGCAUCUGGCAGGACUCCCACCAGCCCAACCCACAGAGUCCAGAAUGUCAUCCAGAACAGCCCUCUGGACCUGAUUGACACGGGCAAGGGGCUGAAAGUGCAGACGGAGAAGCCUCAUUUGGUGAGCCUGGGCAGCGGCCGGCUCAGCACUGCCAUCACACUCCUGCCCCUGGAGGAAGGAAAGACCACCAUCGGCACAGCCAUGACAGACAUUGUCCUGCAAGGCCCCGGGCUGGUGCCUCAGCACUGCUACAUCGAGAACGUGCAGGGGACGCUCACCCUGCACCCCUGUGGUAACAUCUGCGCCAUCGAUGGUGUGACUGUCCGGCGGCCCACACGCCUCACCCAAGGGUGCACCAUCUGCCUGGGCCAGGCCACUUUCCUCCGCUUCAACCACCCUGCCGAGGCCAAGUGGAUGAAGAGCAUGAUCCCGGCGGGGGGCAGGAGCCCAGCGGCUUUCUACGGGCUGCCAGCAAAGCCUGAGGCCCUGGUGAACGGGGGCCACCAGCCAUCAGAGCGUGGGUGUCCCAGCCAUAGCUCCCUCGUCAGCUCAAUAGAGAAGGACCUGCAGGACAUCAUGGACUCACUGGUGCUGGAGGAGCCGGCAUCCCCUGGCAUCCAGAAGCCACCAACCUGCGGCCAGUCCCCCCUCUCCCCUGUGGUGAACGGAGGUGGACGCUGCCUCCUGUCCCCGCCACCUAGCCCUGGCGCUGCCUCGGGAGGCUCCAGCUACGAGAAUUUCUCUCCGCUGUCCUCCCCAGCCAGCAGCAGCAGCUACACCAGCCCCUCGCUCAGCAGCCAGGAGCAGGGGCCACCCGUGCCCCCCCUUGUCCCGCUCCGUUCCUCCAGCUACAACCACACUGUGCAGCCACCCACCCUGCCCAGUGGGAGUCCUACUGAGCCUUGGCCUGUUGAGAGGCUCAGCGACCAUCGGGCAGGCAGCCCCCGCCUGACACCCAGGGUGGCACCGCGGCCACGGGUGGCCCUGCAGGAGAGGCCCCCGAGCCCCUUCCGUGAACUGCGGGACUCCCUGGUGCCCAGCCGACAGGUUUCCAGCAGGGCAGUCCCAGAGGCCCGACUGCAGCCCCCUGAGAGCCCACGGCUGGCUCGGAGGAACAUGGAGAGCAUGCGGGAGCUGCCCCCCCUGAGCCCCUCCUUGUCACGCCGGGCCGCCAGUUCCCGGGCAGCUCCUGACGCCCCCUUCCCACAGGCCCGGCUGGGCAGGGAGGUGCCUGGCAGUCCCCGUGCAAGGCUCAAGGGCUCGGAAGAGUCCAGAGGUGCUGGGAGCCCCUCGUCCCCACUGCUGGCAGAGACCUCCACACGCCGCCCCAGCUUUGGCACUUGCCUGAGCCCAACAUAUGGGCUGAGCUCAGCGGCCAUGCCCUCGCCCCAUCAGAGCCCCCGUGCCCCCAGGAAGCCUUUGGGGGACCCACGGCUGCCCGCGGGGCCACGAGAGCGCAAGAACAGCAUCACCGAGAUCAGUGACAACGAGGAUGAGCUACUGGAGUACCACCGGCGGCAGCGGCAGGAGCGAGUUCGGGAGCAGGAGAUGGAACGCCUGGAGCGGCAGCGCCUGGAGACCAUCCUGAACCUCUGUGCUGAGUACACCAAGACGGACAGCACGGAGCCGGGUGACGUGCCCCGGCUCCUGGCUGGUGAUGUGGAUGCUGGCCGGCGGGUGCCCAGGGGUGCCGUGCCUCUGGGUCGUGCGGCUGAGGAGCUACGGCAGAGGGAGAGCCUGGAGAGAUCAGAUGAGGAGAACUUGAAAGAGGAGUGCAGUAGCACCGAGAGCACUCACCACGAGCACGAGGAGUUGACGGGCCCCCGGGCCAAAGAGGCGCAGCGGCUGGAGGAGGAGCGUGCCAGCGUCCUCGGCCGCCUGGACCAGCUGAAGGGCCGUGUCAAGGAGCUGGAGCAGCAGCUGCAGGAGACAUCACGAGAGGCAGAGAUGGAGCGGGCGCUGCUGCAGGGUGAGCGGGAGUCAGAGGCGGCGUGGCUGCAGCAGGAGCAGGAAGCAGUGCAGCAGCUGCAGGAGAAGCUCACCAGCCUGGAUGCCAGCAUCCGCAAGGAGCGAGACAAGGAAAGGGCAAAGAUUGAUGCUGAAAGGAAGGAGCUAGAGCAACUCCGGGCACUUUACCAUGAGUCGAAGAGUCACCUUGAUAAGUGCCCCGAGUCAAUGCGGGAACAGUUGCGGGAGCAGAUGCGAAGGGAGGCAGAGGCACUGGAGACAGAGGCCAAGCUGUUUGAGGACCUGGAAUUCCAGCAGCUGGAGCGUGAGAGCCGCCUCGAAGAGGAGCGUGAAGCACGGGGCCAGCAGCUCCUGCAGAGCCGGGCCGAGUGCAACCGCAGCAUUGCCUGCAGGAAGGAGCGAGUGGCUGCCCUGGAUGCCCAAGCUGCCCAGAUUCGGCUGCAGAGUGCCCAGGAGGCCGAGCGCCUGACCAGGGAGCGGAGUGGCAUCCUGCAGCUCCUGCAGAAGGAGAAGGAGAAGCUCAUGUCUCUGGAGAGGCGAUACCAGCUCGUCACAGGUGGCAAGAGCUUCCCCAAAAUGUCCUCCGCUCUCAGAGAAGAGACCCUCCAUAUCUCAGAGCCAUAUGAGCUAUUGGAGGGAACUAAGUCCUUGAGCCCCCUGCCAGCAGCAGCUGCCUCCUUAGCUUCUCCUGCCACCUGCUCCUACCCCAAGGCACAAGAGGAGUACAUGAGGCUGUCUGACGUUUUCAGGUUCUGCAGCAAUACUCAUGGCCCCAGCCUGGACACUAAAGCUUCUGCUGCUGCCCCUGCUGCUGCUCAGCGCUCUUUCUUGCUUGCUGUACCUCCAGCAGCCGAUGAGAUGGAGCAGCAGCUGCCAGGAGGCCCUGUGUGCCUCCAGGCUCUUGAUUUAGAGAAAUGGUACCAGGAGGUCAUGGCUGGCUUUGAGACCUCCUCUUGCCCUGUCUCUCCUCCUUCUUCCCCUCCUCCACUUCCAGCUAAAGCUCACUCCUCUCACAAGGCUCUCCAGGUCUAUCGUGCAAAAACAGAGGGUGACGCUGGUGUCCCCAGCCCUCGGAUGAAGAGUGGGACUCCCUCGUCCUCCCAGCUAAACCUCUCUGUGCUGGGGCGCAGCCCCUCGCCCAAGGGCCCCCCGAGCCCAGCGGGCAGCCUGCCUCGCAACCUGGCGGCCACGCUGCAGGACAUCGAGACCAAGCGCCAGCUGGCCCUGCAGCAGAAGGCCAAGCUGCUCCCAGCAGAGCCCUUGCAGCCGGGUGAUCUACCAGGUCAGCAGGUGAUCGAGGAGCAGAAGCGACGUCUCGCAGAGCUGAAGCAAAAAGCGGCUGCUGAGGCGCAGUCCCAGUGGGAAGCCCUGCAUGGGCAGCCCCCCUUCCCCACUGCCUUCCCCCGGCUCGUGCAUCAUUCCAUCCUCCACCACCACCGUUCCCAUGGCGCUGGGUCCCGGGCUGAGGAGCUGGACCAUGCAUAUGACACCCUUAGCCUGGAGAGCUCAGACAGCAUGGAGACCAGCAUCUCCACUGGCAACAACUCUGCCUGCUCACCUGACAACAUCUCCAGUGCCAGCGGGAUGGAGACAGGUAAGAUUGAGGAGAUGGAGAAGAUGCUGAAGGAGGCACAUGCUGAGAAGUCCCGGCUGAUGGAGUCCCGGGAGCGGGAGAUGGAGCUGCGCCGGCAAGCGCUGGAGGACGAGCGCCGGCGCCGGGAGCAGCUGGAACGCCGGCUGCAGGAUGAGACUGCGCGGCGGCAGAAGCUGGUGGAGAAGGAGGUCAAGCUGCGGGAGAAGCACUUCUCGCAGGCUCGUCCCCUGACACGGUACCUCCCCAUCCGCAAGGAGGAUUUCAACCUGCGGCUGCACAUUGAGUCCUCGGGCCACAGUGUGGACACCUGCUACCACGUCAUCCUGACUGAGAAGAUGUGCAAGGGCUACCUGGUCAAGAUGGGGGGCAAGAUCAAGUCUUGGAAGAAGCGCUGGUUUGUCUUUGACCGCAUGAAGCGCACCCUCUCCUAUUACAUGGAUAAACACGAGACAAAGCUGAAGGGUGUCAUCUACUUCCAAGCCAUCGAAGAGGUUUACUACGACCACCUCCGCAGUGCUGCAAAGAGCCCCAACCCUGCGCUCACUUUCUGUGUCAAGACCCACGACCGUCUCUACUACAUGGUGGCACCCUCGGCCGAAGCCAUGCGCAUCUGGAUGGAUGUCAUUGUCACCGGGGCAGAGGGGUACACCCAGUUCAUGAACUGAGGGGGUUGCUAUGCACCCCAGAUCCACCACUUGGACGGACUCCUGAGGAUCCCAAGCAGUGAGGAGCUUCUGCAGGGGCCACAGCCCCUGCUGCACCCUGUGCCAAGGGUUGUGCACGCCACAGCAGUGGAGCUACACUUGGCCCAUGCUGGGUGGCACUGAGCAUUGCCUGCUCAGCCAAGGGAAUAAGAUUUUUUAUGUUGACUUUUUAAAAACAAAAUUUAUUUGAAAAAGUGCUCAAAUGCCAAAGAGCUGCCAGGGCUUGAGCUUUCUGCCUUGGGGAGAUGCUGGAUUUGAGGCAGACA